CUCGGGCAGGAUGAAGAUAAUCUGGGGCUAUAGGAACACUAUGACAUGAGGUUCCCUGGCCUGUGCCGUGGUCCUGCUCCUCCCAGAGCAAUGAGUCUUGGAACUGACACUCCAUUCUGAUACAUGGGGCAGUUUAGUUCACACCUUUCAGCUGUUAUUUCAAGCUGUCUGCAGACUCAGCUACCUAUACUUCAGAAACAUGGAAUAACCCAUGUAAUAUGCAUACGGCAAAAUAUUGAAGCAAAUUUUAUUAAACCAAACUUCCAAGAAUUAUUUAGGUAUUUAGUCUUGGAUAUUGCAGAUAAUCCAGUUGAAAAUAUUAUACGAUUUUUCCCUACGACGAAAGAAUUUAUUGAUGGAAGUUUACAAACUGGAGGAAAAGUUCUUGUCCAUGGAAAUGCAGGGAUUUCUAGAAGUGCUGCCUUAGUUAUUGCAUACAUUAUGGAGACGUUUGGGGUGAAGUACAGGGAUGCAUUUACUUAUGUUCAAGAAAGAAGAUUCUGUAUUAAUCCUAAUGCUGGAUUUGUCCAUCAACUUCAGGAAUAUGAAGCCAUCUAUUUAGCAAAAUUAACUAUCCAGAUGAUGUCACCACUGCAGCUGGAGAGAUCGCUCUCUGUUCCACCUGGUACUACAGGAAGUUUGAAGCGAACACAUGAGGAUGAGGAAGAGUUUGGACAUAUGCAAGUGGCAGCAGCACAGAAUGGGUGACGUAGGGCACCACUAUUCAUAGAGAUUGUGAAUUCCUGCAGUGGAAGUGAAGAAAACUAGAAAAGAUAAAUUAACACAAAACAAUGAACACACCCAGAGCUUCUUUUCAAAUACAUGUUGCUUCCAGAUGUAAAUCUGCCUCUGCAACACAUUAAGCAACAUUUUAAUAUGUUGGACUUCCUGAAUGAAUAGAUGGCACUGAUUGUUUUACUCCUUUUUUACACUUUACAGUUUUAUUCUAUACCAAGAUUUUUGGACUUGCAAAGAGGUAUUAUUGCAAUAAUGCACUUUUCAUACUUGAAAUUUCUUUAUUUGUAUGAUAUAAAGUUAUUACUUUAAAGAAAAUGCAAGCUGGGGGGAUUUGUUUAUAAAGUUAUUUGUGUAAUUUAUAACAAGAGACUUUAGUAAAGAAAAGUUUGCUAAAAUUCACUGUGUUCUAAGUAUAUAUUGCAACUUAGUUAGUCCACUUUUAGAAAUAUACAAAAAGUGGAAAUAUAUCCUGUUUUUACAAACUUCCGUAUACCUUCUGCUGUUAGCAGUUGAAACCUCCCCAAUUAUCUGAACAGCAUCGACUCAUUAUCUUCACAAUAAAACCCCAUUAUGUACCAAUUUA